AUGUCUCUAACAGAACAUGAAAUACAAUUAGUAAAAAAUAGUUGGAAAACWGUUAAACAAAAUGGAAAACAAUUCGGAAUUGAUUUGUUUAUUAAUUACUUUACAAAACAUCCCACUUAUCAGCAAUUAUUCAAAUCGUUGGCAAAAAUUCCGUUAAAUGAGUUGUCGUCAAACAAGCGACUGUUGGCCCACUCGACUACAGUCAUGUACUCAUUGACAUCAYUGGUUGACCACUUGGACGACACCGAUGUCCUUAUUGAGCUAUUGGCCAAAAUCGGUGAAAAUCAUAACARAAAURAAGUCAAACUCGAUAUGUUUGACGAGUUGGGCGUCGUUUUGGUUGAUCUAUUGAGAAGUACAUUAGGAGCCGAUGUAUUCAAUGGUSAACUACUGGAWGCCUGGGCUAAGACAUACACUAUUGUGGUGUCAGUUAUAAAACARGGAUAUAAUUAA